GCAUGCAUCCAAGCGCCCAUAUAUUUUUCUUCGAUUCGAUUUUUGACUGAAGCGUGGAAUUUUGGUAAGAUCGGUGUCAGUAAUUCUGCGAAAUGUUUGUUAAUCUGCUUAGACUGCUUUCUCGCAAAAGAAUCUGCAUAUGGAAAUGAACAUGCCAACAAUUAUAAUAGUUAUAUAACAGACGUUCCCGUUUCCGCUGGUAAAGAAAAAAUUGCUCACGCAAGUAGAGAAGCACUUAUAUUCAACCGGGUCACUGCAGCAAAUUUUAUCCUAAUUUAAAUUUUGCAGCCACAUUACCAUAAAAUUGCACGGUUGUUUGAUUUGGAAUAACGCGUUUUUCUGCUCAUCCGACCAACCUGAUGCUCACCCAUGCCCGGAAGCGUCAAACCAGCGGUUUGUCUGUAUAAUGUGAAUUUGGUCAGUGACAGUGUAUUGGCAGUCAAUGGUAAUACGUGAAUCGGGACACUGGGAAGAAGCUGGAUGGCAACCGAGCGCAGCAAUCCGGCACAUUGACGGGAUCUAUUGCUUACCAGCCCAGCCAAGUUGGCGUUAUGUAUUUACUUUCCGCGAAUCGAACAAACAUGGUUUAUUUGGAAAGUCAGCCUGCCGAGUUUUGCCAUCGUUUACGAGCAGCGCCAUUAUACUCGGGGACGAUAACGGUGCAAUCAUAACCCAAUCGAAAGUACUGAUUAUGUUGGCCACGUUUCUAUUCCACGCCGUCCGCCGCGUUGCCUUUUGCAUAUAAUAUUAUUUCGGAAUUAUUACGUAUAUAUCUUUAUCUUAUCGUUGUCGCAUGCGUGAACAUCUCCACGAAAGAAAUGUAAAGGAAUCGCCUGUUUCUUCAGCUGAACUGGCUAUUACAACCGGCUGACGAUUUCAGGAAUGAUGACAGGAUUAUUUACUUCAGGCAUUUGAUUGUGAUCCUGCUGAACCUGGUAAAUAUAUCUCUGUUUAAGAAUAGUCUUCGGAUACAAUUAGUCAUGAACAAUUUCCCUCAUUAUUCCCCUAUUAAUCUCUUGGGAACUGACGCAAUUUUGCAGGCUUAACAGCAGACUGAAUGACAACCGGCGGGCUAAGUUUAGCGAGCGGAAAUGGAUUUGCCGCCAUAUUACCGCACAUAAUCGCAUUAUUGCUACCGGUUCCGGUCGGAAUUGACCGGCGUACAUAUACGGGAAAAGCAGUCGAUGCUGAUGCCGAUGGACAUAUAAAAGCGGGCAUUUUUAUGCUUGUCCUUGUUUCCAUCGCGUAAUCCAUUUCUGCGAGCGGAUAUCUAUUGCCCAAUUUUGGGAUUAAUAUAUUCAACCACUGCUGAUAUCAAUGGCGACAACACUACAGCGUCUUUUGAUCUUUGUCACUUUCAUGCCGUUCUUCACGCUGUUUAUGAUCAUGGUGUUGCGCAAUGAUGAGUCGCGACGACGAGACGAACCAAGCCCUUUCGACCGGUACCUGGACACCGGUUUAGCCGAACCGGACAGUCAACCGUACUGGCCGGAAAUGCGCCCCGCUAUACCAAUCGAAGCCGGUGAUAGCAGUCAUAUUAAUAGGACGAUUAGUUUCCGCCGCAGUGAUCCCGUGGAUGCGCGCUGGUAUCUGCCGGCGGAGGGAGAUGCCGCUAAUUACCAGGACACUGACAUCUUGAUUUGGGAUAAACAAGAUUUAUGGCCAGAACAGAAUCCAUUGAGCGAUCGCAUUGAGAAUCAGUUAAUCUACCGACCGGCAACGGCGAUGGAUUACAACGCAAAUGACACCGGCGAUGUCGCUCUUAAGACAAUAUAUUUACCAGAGGGCUAUUCGUCGUGGGGUGUGGAAGGGGAGAGGAAGGUUUUUGUUGUCAGGGAUAAAUGCCCGGUGAAUACAUGCCGCCUGACGGAUAAGGCCAACGAGGCGGACACCGCGGAUGCAGUGCUGAUGAAACCCCGAUCCACAACACAGCGCGCUGGACAUCUGUCGAAGCAGAUCUGGAUUAUGUACGCUCUCGAAUCUCCGUUUCACACUCCCAGUUUUACUACAUCGAAAACUGUUUAUAAUUGGACAGCUACUUACCGGCUGGACAGUGACAUUGUCGCCCCGUAUGAGAAAUACGUCCUAUACAAUCCCGCUGUCAGGCAGAUCCCGCAAAAAAUCAACUAUGCCGGCAGAAAGACGGGAAAAGGCAAAGUCGCCUGGUUCGUCUCCAACUGCAAUGCCAAGAAUAAUCGCCUGGAUUAUGCUCGACAAUUGGCCAAAUACAUCUCAGUCGAUAUUUAUGGAUCGUGUGGAAAUAAGAAAUGCUCAAGAUUCCAGAAAAACUGUGAAGAGAUGCUCCAGACUGACUAUAAAUUCUAUUUGGCAUUUGAGAACAGCAACUGCCGAUGGUACAUAACCGAGAAAUUCUGGAUAAAUGCGCUAGGGUCAAACAUCGUCCCAAUCGUUAUGGGAGCCCCUCUAAAAGACUAUCAAUUAUUAGCUCCUUAUAAGAGCUUCAUCCACGUUGACCAAUUUCCCAACGGACCACAAGAGCUCGCCGAGUAUUUGCACAAACUGGAUUCAGAUGACAAUCUCUAUAAUGAAUAUUUUCAAUGGAAAGGCGCUGGCCAACUUAUCAACACGUUCUUUUAUUGCCGCCUCUGCGCGUUACUACAUUCCGAUCGAGCACCAAAAACCUACGCCGAUAUGGAGAAGUGGUGGCGCGGUGAGGGAGUCUGCGUUUAAAACUCCAGACUGCUGUGGAAACUCUUCCUGCAUCGCGGUUCACGCUUAAAAAUUCUGAUUCUAAAUAGUCCGGUGAUCGGCAAGUACACAGUGCGUGCGCUGUGUUCAUCGCCCUGGACAGUUUUCGAUGCGCCUUGUUAAUAUCGCUCUGCUGUGAUAACUGACUGUUCUUGUUAUGAAGUGAGAUAAUCUAGUGCGCUAAUUUUGUAAGUUAAAAUUACUUUGUUGGUGAUAUGGUAACAGGAGUAUUUUUUUCUGUAAGCUCAUUGAUGCAAAUAAAUGAACUGAAAAUGAAUGAAAU